UGGUUUGAAUCCAGGGAUUUUUAUCAGGCUGCUAAAGAAACUGGAGUCAACCACCAGCAGUGUGUGUGUGUGUGUGUGUGUGUGUAUGUGUGUGUGGCAUAGGAUCAAAUAUUACCUACAAAACAGCUCGUUUUUCUAGUUGAAAUGCAUCCAGUGAGAGUGUCGAUCCCGUCGUUUCGGUCAGAAAACAACUCGAUCGAGAAAGGAUUCACGGUUUUUAGAAUUGACGUGCUGAUGAAUGGCAGACAACAUGCUGUUGAAAAACGCUACAGUGAAUUCCACGCUUUGCAUAAAAUGCUAAAGAAGAGCCUAAAGCCACCUGAGAUCCCUUCCAAACAUGUCAGAAACUGGGUUCCCAAAGUCCUGGAGCAGCGGAGGCACGGUCUGGAGCUCUACCUGCAGUCUGUAAUUAUGGAAAACGAAGUUCUUCCAAAGAUAUUUCUGGAUUUCCUGAAUAUCCGCCAUUUUCCUUCAGUGCCAAAAACAGAAAGCUGUGGGUCGUUUGAUACAGAAUCAGAGGAAUCAAGUAAACUUUCACAUCAGCCAGUCUUGCUGUUUCUGAGAGACCCCUACCUGCUGCCAUCUGCUCACGAUGCGUUUUCGAAUGUUGUGAUUGAAGGUGUGGUGCACGGAGUUUUCUAUCCAGAUCUUCAACCGAGGUAGAACCGCAGAUCCCAAUCUGAGGGCACGUCACCGCAAACAGAUGUUCUCACAUCGUUCUGGGUGUGCAUCAUGAAGGACGUGACAUGUUAAGAUACACUGAGCCCCGUUUACGUUUUCCAAAACGGAAAACAAAAACCUAUAUAUUUAUUAUCUUCUCUCGACAAAUCACUGGCACCAUCAGUUUUUCUUGAAAAGGUCAAGUGUGUCCCUUAUUUCAAAGGAUUUGAAUCCUAAAAUGUAACUAUACUUGAACAGUUAGGCAGGUAAAUGUUUUUAGGCAUUAGAAUCAAAAGACUAACAAGAUCAUUUUCAGAUUAUGGCAAAUAAUAACUUAUAUUUUCAUUCUUUCUUAAGAAAGUAAUAAGUUUAAUUGACAUACAGUAUUAACUGGAAAUAGAGAUAAGAGGCUGAGCAAAGGAGGGGAGAACUAAAGUGUUUUAGUACAUAAAUACAAGAAACUCUGGAGAACCAGGAAGGAGAAGCUGAUGCCAGCUGGACUGAAGGUUAGUUUUCCACACAGAGAGGAGGCCAAAGCACAGGGCUGGAGUGUGGAGCUGGAUCAUGGCCUGCAAACAGGGAGGUGCCACACCCUUUGUAGCACCAGCACUGCGGUUUUAAGAAUUUGUUCUGAGCUGCCACAUUGAGCCAUCUGAGGAAGAAGCAGUGGAGCAAUUUUGAGUGUGUUUGUGCUAUCUGGUGGAGUUGCUACAUGUGAGGGUGGAAGUGAUUGGAGUUGUGAUGUGGACCUCAUUUUGAGCAUCAGAUGUGUGUGAAGGAGUACUGUAGUGUUUACGAUGGUGAUAGUGGAAGUGCAGCUUAGUUUGGGGGAGGUGAUGAGCCAGAGGGUUUGGGCACAAAGGCCUUUUGAAUUGUAACCAGGACAGACAGACGUAUGUGACACAAGCUGUGAGCGGGGAAUGAUGAUGAUGAUGAUGAUGAUGAUGAUAACUCCACAGAUUUAGCAUUGCACUCCUAUUGCAUUGUCAAAAUCCCGAUUAUAUAAUGCAGCAGAACCAGAGAUAUGUUUUUUAUUCCAUGUAUUCUUUUGCUUACUUGCAUUACUCAAUGCAAUUCCACCGUCGACAGUUUGGACGUAGAUUCAGGUGUGUUGUGCUAGUUGCGGCUGAAUUAGCCUUAAGCAGAGAUGAGGAGCUGCAGAGAUCUGGUAACCUCACUUCUCUCUGACUCCACACGCCCAGAUUAUUUCAUUUUCAGAUUUAGCAAUUUAUCAGAUUUGGCACUGCUCCCUCAAGAGCCACAAAAAGCUUUGUACAACAUUUCACAUAUGCAGCAGUACUCCCGAAGACCUGUGAACAGACUUCGGUGGGUAAAAUCGAGUCCGUCUCUGAGGGAAUUAGGGCAAAUUUGAGGGUACUUCUCCCUUUCUGAUUUGUGCGUGCUUUCUUCUUUCACAUUUCGAAAGAUGUUUAAUGAAAGAAGCAAUGAUGGAUUUGAUGAGGACUGAUAGCAUAGCAGGAGAAUGAGCCUGUUUGACCAAAGGGUGUAAACGGUUUGUUGAUGUCCCAAGUACGACAUGUGAAAAUAGUUCCAGCUUGUGCAAAAAUAAUGUAAAAAAUGAAAUCUAUAAUCAUUAAAUCAAAGUAGAAAUCCUUCUUAUUUCUGACUAGAACUGACACAGGCCUGUUAUUAUUGUCCCCAAAGAAACAACUUCUACAGACUGUGCGCACACACAUAUUUAGCAGCAGUUAGUGCAAGUGGAUUUUUACAUGAGUAGGAAAAAUAAAAGUGGAAGGCCAGUAUCUAACACUAUACCAAUUAAGUUUAAUGUUUAAUUUACACAUCAUAUACAAGGCCCGGUUUUCACUCGUAGUGAUAAGAGGCAUCAUCACCCAUCAUGUAAAAGGGAAAACAUUUUUAAAAUGAGAGAUGGGGAUUUAAAAGACUUACAAACCAGUAAAACACUGUGCAAUAUGAAAUAAAUACAGAUUGUCUUUAUAUUGUUCCUUGUGAAGUACAAACCAUCUCCUGUUGUGGACACUUGAAAUGACGUGUAGCUUUUGUGAAACAAUAUGUUGCAUGUCACUUUCUGGGCAGUAAUUGAUGAAACUUUCUUAUGACUGGACCUCCACUACAGCAGUGACGACUACAUAUUUAUACUGAAUUAAAUUAAUCCUGAGCAUCUAACCUCAAUUUAACAGAUCAUGAUUUUAUGUUUUAACAAAGUAAAUAAUUUCCUAGAGAUCCUUCUUAGAUUUAUAUGUAUUUAUAGUGUGUAACAUUGUACUUACUAUGUGAAAAGUGUCAUUUAUGUGCCAUAAUGUCCACCCUACAGUGAACACUGGAAUUCUACUGUAGCACUUUAAAAUGGGCGAUAUGUAAAAUACUGACACCAAUAAAAUUAUUUCCACAA